UGUCUGCUAACAGCGUGAUAGCGAAACAAGCUAAUGCAACGUAGCCUUCUUGCAGAGGGACGCUACGUUAUUGAAUAAAAGGAGUCUGCAGCGCCACGCGCCGGUCUGCCACACACACACACACACACACACACCAGGCUAAAGUCACUCCCACCUCUCAGUUUGUGAACUUAUGGUCAGUUUGGGCUCCAAAAGUCCUCGUAAAAAGCCCCCGUGUGACGCAGUCAACAGCAACGCACGAGCAGUCUGUAGAAUUGAAUAUUUCGCCUUUAGUUGAUGGGAACUCCACUGCCUGCAAGUUGUGAAAGGCCCGGCAUGGACGAGGCAGAGAAGUACCAACAAAGGCUGCAAGCCAUAGCGGAGCGGCGUCGGAGGCAGGAAGAAGAGGAGAGGCUGACGAGGGAGACGGAGGAGGAGUGGUUGAAGACGGCCCAGGAAAAGAGGAAGCACUUGAGGGAGCAGUGGCUCAGCGAAGUGUCCCCCGUCCUUGACGAUCCGACGACAGGGGAGCGAACCGAAAGUCAAAAGACGCCCAAGGACGAGGAGGCAGCUGAAGCCAGAAGAGAGGAGCAAGCCUCCCGAGAAGAAAACAAAGAAUCUGGCAACUGUGCAGCUGCAGUCAGAACACACAGCCAGGCUGGAACUGACGAGGACGAGCAACAAGUGAAUAAAGACGCUGAGGAUCACAUCUCCAUACAAAUGGCGCAGAGGAUGUUUCAUGAAAGUGGGCAAGAAGGCCGAUCAGUCCUGGGAAUGUUGGCGGUGCAGGUCGAGAGAGACCCCAAGACGGGGGCCACCGUCGUGAGGUCGGUGGCCCCCGUGUCCUCAUCGGCCGGGGUGCCGAUGGCAACCACGGUCUUUGACGACGGCAGGAAGAGCAUCCACGCCGUCGGCGGAUCGGCAAGUCAACCCUCGACCGAAGAGCUCGGGCAGAUCCUGAGCUUCGUUGACGGCGUCGGGAUGAAAGUGCUGCUGGACGAGGUCGUGUUCACGCCGAACCAGGAAGAGACGGAGAUGAAGAGAGUCGAUGCCAGCAGAGCGCCGAAGGGACAAGUCGUGUCUUUUUCUACCCGUCGUGUCGUGUCAAAGGGCGACGAUCCGCAGUUAGACGUCUCUAGAAGCGACGACUUGGAAGCUGAGCUGGGGAUAGAGGAGUGCUCUGCUAUGGGACAGGAGGAGGAUGACAAAGAGGACGGGAGCAUCAUGGUGGUCAGAGACAUCGCAGGAGAAGUGGGCAACGUGGAGGAUCUGAGGUUGGAGGAAGGCCCGGUCACUCUGGUGUUCCUGGGAUACAGGGAUGGCGACCAAGGAGGCGGCCAAGAGGAGGACCAUGAAGGCAUGCUCACCGCCCAGCGCGUGAUCAUCACCGAGGAGGGAGAAGAACACGUCUUAGGACCGGAAACGUCUGCUUCACCUCAGGAAGAGAAAGAGUCCCAAGUGUUUCACGACAUCCCCCUGGACGGAAACGGGGCAGGAGUUGAAGUCCAGGGAGAGAACGGUGAUGACGGGUGGCAGAACUCAUCUUCACCCAGUAAAGCCACUUCCAAACCCAAGACCUGUCGGUGUUGCUCCGUCAUGUAAGACGGCGAUUGAGGAGAACCGCCUUCUUUGUAUCAUUUGUAAUAUUUGUAACACCUCAUGCUGCAUUGCUGCCUAAAUGACUUGAGACUAGACCACCACCUGGUGUGGUCCUAACUGGUUUUGAGCGCCCAUCACGUCUGUUCACAUUGCCAAAGAAAGAGACGUGUAUCAUGUUGUGGGUCUGUUAUAGCAGCUGUGGGCUGACAACCGCUCUGAGGGACAAUCCACUUCCUCCCUCUGGUGGACAAAGUGGAGAAUGAAGACAAAUGUCUUUGUCCCUUAGGACUUGUUCUGUGCCUUACCAGCCAAAACAUGUCCAUAUGUUUAGCUGUUGUUUAGUCUACGAAAUGGAAAAAGUCAAAGAGCAGAAGAAUCAUCAAUAUUUCUAACAGUAAUCACGGUGUGAUUCAUUGUGUCUAAAUGAAUGUUAAUUAGAGCGAUAUUUGUACCAACAUCCUUUCUACUACUACUCAGGGCUUUAGCUUCCACGUAGGACACUAGCGAUGUUUCUGAGAGUUUUUAAUGUCAUGGGAGGAGUUUGUAUUCUACAAUUAAACAUGAACAUGUUGAGUUUCUUCGACUCAGUCAAAAUAUUUAAACUAAUGGUCCGACAUUUUGGGAAACUAGUGCAGCUUCAGAAGGGGCCGAUCAACUGACCUCCGGUGAUUCUCGAGAACCGCUCAUCCAAACAACUUCACUCUCGACACCUUCGCUGCCUCGGGUCCUGAGCAACACACCCGUCAGGUGUGAAGUCAAACAAAUCAACGGUUUCCGAGAAAAAUUGAAGGACAGGCAUACAGACAGAGUCCUUUCAUUUCUGUUAAAUUAGAUACCUCAUGGCAGGAGAGCGAAGGUCCAACUGUGGAUUGGACUAUUUUAGGCUUCAAACAUGCAUUGACACAAGGGGGUGUGGUAUUUAGCCAAAGCAUUUAUGUUCUCAGCAUUGUGGGAAAAGCUUUGAAACUGCAUUUAGGCGAUAGUAUAGGAGGAUAAAAUUUAAAUUUAC